CCUUUUCCUGUUCACAUUUUCUCCGCAUCAUCUUCAUCUUCAUCCUCAUCUUUCGCCCUCAUCUUCAUCUUCAUCUUUAUCUUCAUCCGCAUCCUGAUCACUUUCUAUUCAUCUCUUCAAAAGCCUCACAUAUCCAACAAAAGAUGGUUCUUAUUAUAAUCUAACAAUUGUUUGACUUUUAUUGGAUUGUUAAUUAAUCAGUUAACCAGUUGAGUGUAUUGUGAUUUACAUGAAAAUGUUUGUGUUGCCAACAAUCAAUUGGAAAUUAAACUGUUAACCAAGGUUUAAUUGUGUUCAAUGUUAUAAUUGGUCCACUUUAAUAGUUUAAUAAUCAUUUGAUCGUCUUAAUUGUGACCAAUUUAAAUAACUCAAUCAAUGACCAGCAAGGACUCGACGAGUGACCUUAAAACUGAAACAUUAAGUUGUCAAUCUAAAUCAAAUCUUCGUUUGUUUUCAAAAAGUUUCUGUAUCGAUGCUUUAUUAGCUCGAAAUGAUCCGAUUACCAUAACGUCAACAUCACCUUCAGGGGAAUCAAUUGGUUCACCUGAGGAUGAUUGUCCAUUGUCACCAAUUGACUGUCCACCCUCAUCACCCAAUUCACCGAUCAUCACUUCAACAUCUACAACAACAUCUUCAUCAUCUUCCUCUUCAUCCGCAUCAUCAGCUGGUUCUAGUGGUGCGAACAAUAGUAAUAAUAGUAAAAAGAAAAAGUCAUCAUCAAGUGAUUCGAAAACAGGUAAACCUCGUCGAGCUCGAACUGCAUUUACCUACGAACAACUUGUUGCUCUCGAGAACAAAUUCAAAAGUACUCGUUAUUUAUCUGUGUGUGAACGUCUUAAUCUUGCUGUUAAUCUCCAUUUAUCAGAGACUCAGGUGAAAAUAUGGUUCCAAAAUCGUCGAACUAAAUGGAAGAAACAAAAUCCAGGAAUGGACGCUAAUAGUCCGACUGUUCCACCUUCGCCGACGGGAUCUCUCUGUGUUUCUGGUCCAUCAUCUUCUUCCACUUCAGGAUUGAGUUCAGGUGCUUCUGGUUUCAUGGGAUCACCUUAUUCAUCUGCUGCUCUUCUCUAUGCAUCACAAUUGUCUCUUUUCAAUUCAUCAUCAGUUGGAUCAGUAGCAUCUUCAUCACCCACACCAACAACAACCUUACCAUUUAAUGCUCACCAACACUUCAAUCAUGCCUCAGCUCAUUCAUUGAUUCAUCACCUCAUUCAUUCAUGAUCACCUUUACUAUCACAAACACACACUUAUAUUUAUCAACCAAAACCAAAGCCUGAAUGUAAAAAACUAUCACCAAUUUCAUGGUCACAUUGAUACAAAAGUUAAUCAAAGAUCUCAUAUUAAUAAUAUCAUUUUCCUCUUUUACUUACAAUUGCUAAUUAAUUCUGUCUAAUUUGUUAUUAACACGUUAUCAUAUCAAGUUAAUUUCGUCAAUCAUCUUGUUUCUGAUUAGUGACCUUGUCAUCUCUCCCAUAAAUCCAUGUAUGCAAUGUACGGAAUUAUUAUUAUCGAAUGAUAAUAAAACUGAUCAUCAUUACAUUUCUUCCCUUAAAUUAAUGAGCCAACAAUCAUAAUUAAUGGUCAUUCCUGAAAAGGUGAAGAUAAUAAAGGAAAUCUGUGAAAUAUUAAACAUGAUCAUCAUUUGA